AAUGAUAUGGAAUCGGAUGCGACUGGUGUUGUUGAUCAUCAAUUUCUUCUUUUUCUCUGAUAAUCUAUUGCUACUUUUUUUUUUCUUCCUCGAUCGGAUGCUCCAGCCGGCUGCGGUGCAUCUAGGAGCAGCGUCCGACCCCGUCCAAAGAAAAUCCGGUAAAACAAACAGGGGUCUGCAUGACUUGUCAGGCACACGCUGGCAAAAAAGUGUCGGUUUUUUUAGUCUGCAGCCCUCUUGCAACGCUAGGCGCGGCCGCGGCACUGCACAACUAAGGAAGUACCAGAUUGCAGAGCAACUAAUGACAGGCACGUGGGUGAUUUUGCACACUCGCGAACUUGUGGAUUGGCUAUCAAAAACCAAUGUCGGUUCCUUCAACUUCCUUGUCGCCCCAAAUAUCCCGAAUUCCCGACGACCAGCAAGCACUUCAGGAGGUUCCUCGCUGGAACCUUACCUACCGUAACAAAGAGGUAAGGUUGGCGGCUUUCAAGGCUCUACGUGGUAUUGACCAGUCCCAUCGUUUGCCUUUGCUAUUAUCGGGAUGUUAA